CAGCCAACGUUAGCAACCAGCAAUAAAACUACCCAGGAAAGGCAGAAUGUUAAUGAUUGAACCAACCUAGUGAAUCACUGCAGCUCUUGUCUUUGCUUUUAAACCAAUCUUCGUUUGCUCACAUCAACUGCAUACAUGUCUUCUGCCUAAUCUUGUUCAGAAAAGACAUUUUUCUUUUUAUGUUUUGUUGGGUGUGACUAUUUUCCUCUCCACAACUAAGAUCCAGACCAAUAUUCGAAGAUGUUUGCCGUGCAUUUGAUAUCCUUUUUCUUUACAAAAUUAAAAGAAGAUCAGAUUAAAAAGGUUGAUCGUUUUUUGUACCACAUGCGUUUAUCAGAUGAAAACCUACUAGAUAUCAUGGGUCGCUUCCGAAGUGAAAUGGAAAAAGGCCUGAAGAAGGACACAAACCCAACUGCAUCCUUGAAGAUGCUUUCGACCCAUGUCAGAUCUACUCCGGAUGGUUCAGAAAAGGGCGAUUUUCUGGCUUUUGAUCUUGGAGGCUCAAACUUCCGUGUUUUGAGGGUUAAAGUGUCUGAAGAUGGAAAGCAGAAGGUGCAGAUGGACAGUCAGUACUACCCCAUGCCCAAUGAAACAAUGACAGGAAGUGGGGCAGAACUUUUUGACUAUGUUACUGACUGCCUGGAGGACUUCAUAAAGAAAAGACAGAUAAAAGAAAACCUUCCACUUGGAUUUACGUUCUCAUUUCCUUGUAAGCAGACAAAACUGGAUGAGGGAGUGCUAAUUUCAUGGACAAAAGAAUUUAAAGCAAGAGGUGUUCAAGGCUCUGAUGUUGUGAAUGUAUUGCGUAGCACCUUGCAGAAAAAACAGUGCACAAAUGUGGAAGUCCUGGCACUUGUAAAUGACACUGUGGGUACCAUGAUGACGUGCGGAUAUGACGACCAGUUGUGUGAAGUUGGUGUUAUUGUAGGUACUGGAACCAAUGCCUGCUAUAUGGAAAACCUGAGCAACAUCGACCUUGUUGAAGGAGAUGAGGGGAGAAUGUGCAUAAACACAGAAUGGGGUGCUUUUGGAGAUGAUGGUCUCUUGGAUGAUAUCAGAACAGAGUUUGAUUCAGAGAUAGAUCUCGGAUCUCUAAACCCUGGAAAACAACUGUUUGAAAAAAUGAUCAGUGGUCUGUACAUGGGAGAACUUGUCAGACUGAUUCUCUUAAAGAUGGCUAAGAAAGGCCUUCUGUUUGGUGGGAAGAUUUCUACUGCUCUGCGAACAAAGGGCUCCAUUGCAACAAGUCAUGUAGCAGCCAUGGAAAAGUACAAGGAAGGUCUGUAUAACACAAAUCAGAUAUUAAUUGAACUUGGGCUGGAGCCAUCAGAAGAAGACUGCAUAGCUGUUCAGCAUGUUUGCACCAUCGUCUCAUUCCGGUCAGCCAAUCUGUGUGCCGCUGCUCUUGCUGCAAUCCUUGACCGCCUUAGGGAGAAUAAGAAAUUAAAUAGGAUGAGAACUACAGUAGGGAUGGAUGGAACUGUUUAUAAAACACAUCCUCAAUAUGCUAAGCGCUUGCACAAAGUUGUAAGGAGACUUGUGCCAAACUGUGAUGUACGGUUUCUACUCUCAGAAAGUGGCAGUGGCAAAGGCGCUGCUAUGGUGACCGCAGUGGCAUGUAGACUAUUGUCACAGCACAAGCAAAUUGACGAGAUCCUGGCUUUGCUGCAGCUCUCUGAUGAAAAGCUCUUUGACAUUAAGGGGAGAAUGAUGACGGAACUUAAAAAUGGACUGAAGAAAGAAACUCAUAAUUCGGCAACAGUGAAAAUGCUGCCAACGUUUGUGUAUGGUACACCAGAUGGAACAGAAUGGGGAAAGUUCUUGGCUCUCGAUCUUGGAGGAACCAAUUUCCGAGUCCUUCUUGUGAAAAUACGAAGUGGACGGAGAAAAUAUGUGAGGAUGUACAACAAGAUCUUUGCAAUUCCCCUGGAAAUCAUGCAAGGAACAGGAGAGGAGCUCUUUGAUCACAUAGUAGAAUGCAUUGCUGAAUUCCUUGACUACAUGGGAAUAAAAGGUGCUCCUUUACCACUGGGAUUCACUUUCUCCUUUCCUUGCAAGCAAGAUCGAAUUGAUAAGGGAACUCUAGUUGGAUGGACAAAAGGUUUUAAAGCUACUGAUUGCGAAGGUCAAGAUGUUGUUGAUAUGCUAAGAGAAGCCAUCAAAAGAAGGAAUGAAUUUGACUUGGAUAUAGUAGCAAUUGUCAAUGACACCGUGGGCACCAUGAUGACGUGUGGAUAUGAAGACCCUAAUUGUGAAAUUGGUCUUAUUGCAGGGACUGGGAGCAAUGUCUGUUACAUGGAAGAAAUGAAAAAUAUUGAAUUAGUGGAAGAAGAUGAAGGCAAAAUGUGCAUCAACACAGAGUGGGGAGGAUUUGGAGACAAUGGCUGCCUGGCUGAUAUUCAAACAAAAUAUGAUAUUGAUGUAGAUGAAAAUUCUCUGAAUCCAGGGAAACAGAGCUAUGAGAAAAUGACAAGUGGAAUGUACCUGGGAGAGAUAGUGAGGCAGGUUCUGAUUGAUCUGACAAAGUGUGGCCUACUGUUUCGUGGACAGAUUUCAGAAAGACUGAGGACAAAAGGAAUAUUUGAAACAAAAUUUUUGUCACAAAUUGAAAGUGAUCGCUUGGCUCUUCUUCAGGUCAGAAAGAUCUUGCAGCAGCUUGGCUUAGACAGUACAUGUGAUGACAGUAUAAUAGUAAAAGAGGUUUGUGGAGCUGUAUCAACGAGAGCAGCCAAGCUGUGUGGUGCUGGUUUGGCAGCUGUUGUGGAUAAAAUCAGAGAGAACCGGGGUUUGGAACAUCUGAAGGUCACUGUUGGUGUAGAUGGGACACUGUUCAAAUUGCAUCCUCAUUUCUCAAGAAUUCUCCAGGAAACAGUAAAAAAGCUGUCACCAGAGUGUGAUGUAACAUUUAUGUUGUCUGAAGAUGGAAGCGGAAAAGGAGCAGCCCUCAUUACAGCAGUGGCCAAACGAUUUCACAGUAGUGGAGAAGAGGAGACAAAAUGAUUGUUUGUACAAGGGGUUUAGUGAAGGCACCAGACACCUACCAGACGACAGCAUCUCUACUGUUGGACUAUGCUUUUUUCCAUUAUUCGGAAUUCUUUGCUAAAUAUCUGCUGAGUAACACCUGUUUAGUAAGAUUCAGCAUGCUUCAGCAGGCUCAUGUCUACUUAUCAUUUCACAAGACUAUAAUAGUAAAAUUCGACAUUUGGAGGCAGAUUUAUCAAAAUGGUAGAUUAGAAUUAACCACAGAGAAACUCGCUUUCUAUUGAGUCCUAUGGGAGUUUUAGAAGUGUAUUUAUGAAAUGGUAAACAAUAACUUUUACACAUUGAUCCCCUUUUAAAAAUUCCAUACAAAUGAAUAGAAAGUAGUGAAUAUGUUUGUGCUGAGCUCUAAUCUCACAUUUUGAUAAAUCUGCCCCUUAGUCUCAAAAACGAUGUCAUUUAACACUCUACCUUAUAUUAAAUGUAUAAAAAGCAGUGUUUUUGCAGAUCUCUUGUGCUUAGUCUCCCCUGUUCUGCUUUGUAGCCUGCCCAGUCCCUCUUUUAGCUAGCAGAAACGUUACAGAUAACUGAAAACAUUAUUAUAACAGUCACGCUACUGGGUGACUAAUGGUUUCAGGGGUAUCUAUGGUAGAAAAAAUGCCUUUGUUCCGUACUAGAAUUCAGGAAUCACUGCCAAAAAAAAAUCCCAGUUG